CGCCAUUUCCUCGCCCCGGCCCUCGAUCGGACUCGCCCGACCUACGCUACGCGCCCGCGCCAUGGCCGGCGGCAAGGCACCCGCACGGCGUCGCGCGGUGCUCGCGGCCGUGAUCACGCUGAUCCUACUCGCCUCUGUCUCGUUCCUCCUGUCCGCCACCGCCACCAGCUCCGCCGCCGCGAACUCCCCGGCCUCGCGCCUGGCCGUCGUCCAACGCCACGCCGAGGACCACGCGGCCGUCCUGGCGGCGUACACGGCCCACGCGCGCCACCUCAGCGCGCUCUCGGCCUCCCAGACGGAUGCGUUCCUCGCCAUCUCCUCGCGCCUCUCCGCCCUCGCCUCCCGCCUCUCCGUCUCCACCGUGGGGGCCCUGGAGAAGGAGGCCAAGGCCCAGGUCAAGCGCGCGCGCUCCCUCGCCGGCGGCGCCAAGGAGGCGUUCGACACGCAGUCCAAGAUCCAGAAGCUCUCCGACACGGUCUUCGCCGUGGGGCAGCAGCUGCUCCGCGCCCGCCGCGCGGGCAUCCUCAACGCCCGCAUCGCCGCGUGGUCCACGCCCAAGUCGCUCCACUGCCUCGCCAUGCGCCUCCUCGAGGCCCGCAUCGCCAACGCCUCCGCCAUCCCCGACGACCCGCCCGCCCCACCGCCGGAGCUCGCCGACCCGUCGCUCUACCACUACGCCGUCUUCUCCGACAACGUGCUCGCCGUCUCCGUCGUGGUGGCCUCCGCGGCGCGCGCGGCCGCCGAGCCCUCGCGCCACGUCUUCCACGUGGUCACCGCGCCCAUGUACCUCCCGGCGUUCCGCGUCUGGUUCGCACGCCGCCCGCCGCCGCUCGGCGCGCACGUGGAGCUCCUUUCCGCCUCCGACUUCCCGUUCCUCAACGCGACCUACUCGCCGGUGCUCAGGCAGAUCGAGGACGGGAACAGGGACGUGGCGCUGCUGGACUACCUCCGGUUCUACCUCCCGGAGAUGUUCCCGGCGCUGCGGAGGGUGGUGCUCCUGGAGGACGACGUGGUGGUGCAGAGGGACCUGGCGGGGCUGUGGCGCGUCGACACGGGCGCCGCCGUGAACGCCGCGCUGCACACGUGCUUCGGAGGGUUCCGGCGCUACGGCAAGUACCUCAACUUCUCGGACCCCGUCGUGCAGGGGAGCUUCAGCCCCCGCGCGUGCGCCUGGUCCUACGGCGUCAACGUCUUCGACCUCCAGGCCUGGCGCCGGGAGCAAUGCACCGACCGGUUCCACCGCUUCAUGGAAAUGAAUGAGAACGGGACGCUCUGGGAUCCGGCGUCUGUCCUGCCGGUCGGGCUCAUGACAUUCUACGGCAAAACGAAGCCGCUGGACAAGUCAUGGCACGUGAUGGGGCUCGGCUACAACCCGCACAUCAGACCCGAGGACAUCAGCGGAGCUGCCGUGAUACACUUCAACGGGAACAUGAAGCCAUGGCUGGACGUCGCGUUCAACCAGUACAAGCAUCUCUGGACCAAGUACGUCGACACCGAGAUGGAGUUCCUGACGCUCUGCAACUUUGGCCUCUGAAAGACUGACGGAGCCACAUCAAAGUUCAGACGUAGCUCCGCGUCUGAACAUCUUCAGUGCUGAUGACCCGCUUGAUAUUUGUUGUUUGCCUGCUGAGCCAAGCAUGUGGCCAGCACGAGUAUGCUCUGAUUGUAUUUAUGUAGCUCUCGGGUUUUCUUCUGCAACUAAGCGGAAGUUGCAGCCUUGUUGCUAGACAGCAUUUUGCCUGUAGAUGCCGUAACCUACUUAUUAUGAUUUGACCCCGUUUUUCUAAUUAACUAGGUUGUGCUUGCCCAUUCUGA